AUGGCCAUUGGGUGAUCCACUAAAUCAUGGAGCUGAAAGUAUGGGUGGAUGGUGUCCAGAGGAUUGUUUGUGGUGUCACGGAAGUUACAACAUGCCAAGAAGUUGUGAUAGCGCUUGCUCAGGCUAUAGGUCGUACAGGAAGGUACACCUUGAUAGAAAAAUGGAGAGAUACCGAGAGGCACCUGGCACCUCAUGAAAACCCCAUCAUCUCCUUGAAUAAAUGGGGGCAAUAUGCCAGUGAUGUGCAGUUAGUCUUAAGGCGCACAGGGCCAUCUUUCAGCGAGAGACCAACCUCUGACAGUGUUGCUCGGAUACCUGAAAGAACUUUGUAUCGGCAGAGUUUACCCCCCCUGGCCAAGCUGCGGCCCCAGAAUGACAAGGCAAUAAAAAGAAGAGAACCAAAGAGGAAAUCUUUGACUUUCACUGGUGGGGCAAAAGGAUUAAUGGACAUAUUUGGCAAAGGUAAGGAGUCAGAGUUCAAGCAGAAAGUUCUCAGCUGCAAGACUACCAUUGACGAGCUGAAGAAACUGAUUCUCCUCCAGACAGAGAAGCUUCAGUCGAUUGAGAAACAGCUGGACUCUAACAAUGCUGCGAUCCAGUACUGGGAACAGAGGUACAGUUACAGCCUGGAAGAUGAAAUUGUCAAACUGGAGCAGAAGAUCAAAAGGAAUGAGGUAGAAAUUGAGGAGGAGGAAUUCUGGGAAAAUGAGCUCCAGAUUGAGCAGGAGAAUGAGAAGCAACUGAAAGAGCAGCUCCAGGAGAUCCGGCAAAGAAUCAUGGACUGUGAGAGCAGGCUGAAGGAAUAUGUGGCCCAGAUUCACAGCAUGGAAAGUGGCCUGGAGGCAGAAAAGUUGCACUGGGAAGUGCAGGAGUCAAAAGUCAACGAAGAAGAAGUCCAAGAGAAGAUCGACAAAGUGAAAGGGGAAAUUGAUAUUCAGGGGCAACAAAGCCUCCGGCUGGAAAAUGGUAUUAAAGCUGUUGAAAGGUCUCUGGGCCAGGCUGCCAAACGGUUGCAGGACAGAGAACAAGAACUCGAGCAGCUGACCAAAGAGCUGCGGCAAGUGAAUCUCCAACAAUUUAUCCAGCAAACAGGGACCAAGGUUACUGUGCUGCCUGCAGAACCCUCUGAACUGGAGGCUUCACAAAUGGAGUUCGAGAGAGAAGUUCCAUUUCAAUCCGGAAGCCUGAAGCGCCCCAGUUCAUCAAGGCAGCUUCCCAGCAACCUUCGGAUCCUGCAGAACCCGCUGUCGUCUGGUUUUAACCCAGAGGGCAUUUAUGUAUAACACUAUAUACCUCGUCUGGAGGGGACCUGUGAAGCUACCGUGGACCUCCUAUUGCUUCUGUUCUCCUAGUGAUACAUGGAGAAAUGGGGGGGGGGACCUUCCUUUCAGAAGCCACCAAGUUGUUGGUGCGUUUAUUUUUAACCAGACCUACAGCAGACUUAGAAUC